AUGGACUGUGUUCCAUUGACACUAAAAGCCUGCCAGUCUUUUAGUCAGCAAACAGAAGAGAUUGCUCGGGAACGGAACAGCGUUAAUAUUAUUCUAGAGAAUUAUAAUAAUUUAGUCGAUAUACUAGAGAUACCACAGUUGGUGGAUGCCUGUGUACAAGACGGCGCAUAUUCGGAGGCGAUGGACUUGUCGGCAUAUGUGACUCGACUGCUUUCCAAAUAUCCGGCCGUUCCAGUAAUCCAACAAAUUGAUCAAAGUGUAAAACAUUCGAUACAACAAAUGCUUUCAAAGUUGGUUGCAUUGUUGAGUGAGUCGAUAAAUUUACCUGUUUGCCUGAAAGUGAUUGGCUAUUUACGGAGAAUGGAAGUAUUCGAUGAAGCCGAAUUGAGACUUGUGUUUUUACUAUCUAGAGAUGCUUAUUUUCAAUCUCUCUUACGGAGCAUUGAAAAAGAGAAACACGAUCCGUUUGAGUAUCUGAGACAAUACGUUGGUAUUUUCAAAGAGAGAUUUUUCGAGAUAGUUGCCCAUUAUCGUAAUGUGUUUUCUGAUGAUGCAACCAAGCCGGUUACAGCAUCGGCGACUGUGCUCGCCGAUUAUACAGUUCAUAUUCUAGGACAAUUAACGACAGUGUUAGUCGAAUUUACUCCAUUAAUAAAUGAUACGUCGGCACUUCCUACAAUAUUAACUCAGUUAAUGUAUUGUGGAAUGUCUCUUGGUCGAGUUGGGGUUGAUUUUCGUCAUCUAGUCACGGGUUAUUUUGAGACAGCGGUUCACCGGAUAAUCAGAUUGAUGAUAACGAAUGCUACAACAGAAUUCAUCGAUGAAGUCAAUCGAGCUAUCGAUAAAAUGCAAUCGCCGGGGGCCUGGAUGGUUGGUGACAAACGGUCGUCUUCACUUAAUAUUGCUGAUUCGAUGUCUUCUUUAAGAAAUCCUUCCGUGAUAGACUCUUCAUCAUUCACACCACAAGUUAUACUUCUUGAUUAUCCUCCGCUUGCUCAUUUGACCAAUGCGUAUCUUACUGCUUUCAACUCUCUUCGAAUACUUGCGCCGAUUUCGCUGUUUUAUCCUCUUGGCUCACAUCUGUCGCAAAAUUUAUUAUUUAUUGCACAAAUACUACGUGAUUACGGAAAUACGCUUGUUGAAUAUGGACAUAAUAUUGUAAUAUUACAAGGAUUCUGUGCUACUUUCGCGCAGUGUUUUGUGCCUUUUAUUACGAGAUGCUUUGUUGAUGGUGUAUAUGGAGGGUUAUUGGGAGACGGCCAUGAGCAUGGGAUGGGGAUGAUGGAUGGAACAGCAAGUAAAGAAGGAUUUGUAAUUAUUGAUCACUCAAAGAUACUGGAUACUCUAAAAAGCAUUCUACCUACUCCCAGAAAAGUUGCUGUACAUUCUAAUGGCAAGGAGAGUAAUAAAUCUAACGGCACGGUUGAAAGAGCGAAUGGGCGGAAUGAAAAAAUUGAGGAUAACACAGUGGAUGAUAUAUCGCUUAAAGCAAGUACAGUCACAAACGAUAAAAUAGACGAUGGUCAAGUAACAAGUAAAACGCACGAUGACAAGUCUGUGUCUUCGGAAGAUCGGCGGGAGGAAGAAGUUAAUGACGAGAAGGCAAAUGCGGAUGUAAUAAUGGUUAGUUAA